UAAUAUUAUUAAUAUUGUUUCACCACAUUGUGCAUUUUAUGAUGAAAAUGUUUAUAUUUCAUAUUGUAUCAUUUGUUUUGCAGUAAUUUGUGGUCUAAAUAAACGCAAAUAUCGUCCUGAGAAAUGAUACAAUCCAACCCCUCCCUGUGGCGCUCACAUAUAUACAAAGAUUGUUUCUGUCCAACUUGUUGUUAAUAUCAAUAUAUGUGACAUUAUAUUCCCUGCUUGAACCACACUAAUGUGCACACUGCAACCCCCUGGUGUUUUCAGUACAUUGUUUAAUUCUGAGCUACGAAAGGCUCCAACCUCACAACUCGUCAUCCUCGCAGAGAGAGAGAGAGAGAGACGCCCUUUCGAAAGGGAUCCUCUUCCGUAACCGGCUGCACGGUGCAGACGCCAGCAAAAUGGCACAGAAAAACAUGGCAAGGAAUCGGAAAGAAAGAAAUAGCUGGGGCGGAUUUUCGGAGGGAAGCUUCAAUUGGACAUCAGAAGAUGAAACUGUGCAGCAAGCCAGACCAGUUCAGAUUCUUGUUGUUAAUGAUGACCAUACUUUUGAACUGGAUGAAACAGCUCUGAACAAAAUCCUUCUCUCAGAAGAAGUUAGAGAUCGGGAAGUGGUUGCCUUAUCUGUUGCUGGUGCCUUCAGGAAAGGAAAAUCAUUUCUUAUGGACUUCAUGUUGAGAUAUAUGUACAGUCAGGAUCACAAUACUUGGUUAGGUCAGGAUGAUGAGCCUUUGACUGGUUUCUCUUGGCGUGGAGGUUCAGAGCGUGAAACUACUGGGAUUCAGAUAUGGAGUGAAGUGUUUCUGGUGGACAAGCCUAAUGGAGAAAAGGUUGCAGUACUAUUGAUGGACACGCAAGGGACAUUUGACAGUCAGUCAACUCUUAGAGAUUCUGCUACAGUAUUUGCACUUAGCACCAUGAUAAGUUCAAUGCAGGUAUAUAACUUGUCACAAAAUAUUCAAGAGGAUGAUCUUCAGCAUCUACAGCUCUUCACUGAAUAUGGACGUCUAGCUAUGGAAGAAACGUUUCAGAAACCAUUCCAGUCACUUAUAUUUCUAGUCCGUGAUUGGAGUUUUCCAUAUGAAUUCAACUACGGUCUUGACGGAGGCUUCAAAUUCCUAGAGAAACGCCUUAAGAUUUCAGAAAAUCAGCAUGAAGAACUACAGAAUGUCCGGAAACAUAUUUAUUCUUGUUUUACAAAUAUUGCCUGCUUCCUGAUGCCACACCCUGGUUUGAAAGUGGCUACCAAUCCCAAUUUUGAUGGACGGCUAAAAGAAAUAGAUGAGGAGUUUAUAAAACAUCUGAAGGUGCUGGUUUCUUGGCUACUGUGUCCUGAGAACCUUGAGUUGAAAGAAAUCAAUGGGAAUAAAAUAACAGGUCGAGGGCUUGUGGAGUAUUUUAAGGCAUACAUAAAGAUCUAUCAAGGGGAGGAACUACCUCAUCCCAAGUCCAUGUUACAGGCCACAGCAGAAGCAAACAAUUUAGCAGCUGUAGCAGCAGCCAAAGAUCUGUACGGUAAAAAAAUGGAGGAGAUCUGUGGAGGAGACAAACCAUUCCUUGCACCAAGUGACCUCCAGAGUAAACACAUGGGGCUCCGAGAUGAAGCUGUUAAAUUAUUCCGUGGAGUUAAGAAGAUGGGAGGAGAGGAGUUCAGUCGCCGUUAUUUGCAACAACUGGAGAAUGAAAUUGACGAGUUGUACAUAAACUACAUAAAACACAAUGAUAGUAAAAACAUCUUCCAUGCUGCCCGUACACCAGCCACUCUAUUUGUGGUGAUAUUUAUUAUGUAUGUAAUAGCUGGAGUGACAGGAUUUAUUGGAGUGGACAUUAUAGCCAGUCUGUGCAACAUGAUAAUGGGGCUGGCACUGAUCACCCUGUGCACAUGGGCAUACAUUAGGUAUUCUGGAGAAUACCGAGAACUUGGAGCUGUCAUAGACCAAGUAGCAGGAGCCUUAUGGGAGCAGGGAAGUACUAAUGAGGCUCUUUUCAGGCUAUAUGAUGCAGCUACAAGCCACAGACACAUUUAUCACCACACCUUCCCUGCAGCACAACCAGAAAGCAAUGCAGAUACCAAGAAGAAAAAAUGAAUUACCUGGAUUCCUCUGCUGCACACUCACAAGGGAAAUCUUUCAUUAUUAUUGUGCAUUCCCAUGCCACUAAUCCAAGAAGUGCUAUAUAAAUGGAAAGCCAAUGAUAUGAUAACUUGUAACUGAAUGAAAUCACAUACCAACACUGAACACUGUGCUGGUUUUCACUUAUAGUUAUGUUGCAAAUUGUAAUGUGAAAAUGUGCUAGUUUGCAUGAUUUUGUUAACUGUUGAAAUGAGUCAAAUGUUCUUCCAUCAAGAAUGUACAAUUAAUGAUUAUUUUAAUCACUUUAAUGAACUUCUGGCACCUGUUUUUUUUCUUUCAACUGAACAUUUGUCUUCCAUAAGAACUUUAAUUUUCAAUGUAAGCACUGCACAUUUAAAACAUUUACUAUUUAUUGAAUGUUAAAACCUGUUUUGGAACUCAAUUUCUUUACUGUCUUAAGAUUGCAAUAUAGUAUAUGUUAAAAAAACUUUGCUCAUAGCUACAGCGAAAUGUUUCCACCCAUGAAAAAUAAAUUUGUUUUAUUACUUUAAGUCAGUUCAUCUUAAUAAAUCAUUGUGUCCUGAUAAAAUAUUUAAGUCACCUUUAAAUGCAACAUUUACUUCAGUUUAAGACCAAAAAUAGUAGCCAGCAAGACCAGAUUAAUAUGUUAUUAUUACUUUUAGUAAAAGAGCACAAAAACAUGAGAUACAAUAUCUAAAUUAAUUAAUUGCUGAAUUCUGUUCAGGUUCUGUUUCCAUUCUGUAAAUAAUGGUUUCUAUGCACAAAUGUAACCCUGAAUCUCCAGAGAGCAGGUAGUUUCACAUCAUGGAAAAUAAUUCAAAUAAUCUGCUCGAGGUCAAAAAGUAAAGGAAUUUGUGAAAUGCGGCAAAAUAGUCCAUGAAAAAGCGGUUUCUGAAAUUCAUAUAAAUUUCACCCUUCACCAAAAGCAAUUUUAACUUGUGGUAAUACAAGUAUACUUGUCCAGAUAGACAGGAAAUCAAAAUU